AAUAAUGGCCUUUAACCCCAGUACUCCAGGCAGAAAUAGGUGGAUCUCUUGAGUUAGAGGACAGCCAGGAAGGACUACACAGAGAAACCCUCCCUGUCUGAACAAAGUAAAGUUCCCUGAAUAGUUGAAAUAGUUUCAUUUAAAAAGAUGGGUCAAAGAUUUUCUAAAAAUUAUCUGACAUCUGUCCUCUAUAAAUGACUACCAUAGCCUGAUUUCUAAUGUAAGUGGCAUUUAUUUAGUAGUGUUUGAGAAAUAAUAUACUUUUAAAUGGUAAGCAUUAGUAUGACCUGCUUUCUGUAACACCAGCAGUUAGAAUAACAGGCCAUAUUCUGAAACUUUUUGUUCAUAGUUGAAGUUUGACACCACAGGUGUUAGAGCUAAGAGAACUAUUCUAUAAAGUUGUUUAUAGAAGAUUCUUGAAGAUGAGAGAGAUCAGAUAAAAACAGUUUUAGAUAUUUGUGACACCCUGGGUGUUAAAGAGUGCUUUUGGACUGGAUUUGUAAGUCAGUAUUAUAGUGCUUGCCUAGCAUGCAACAGCCUUGGGUUCAACCCCCUAGCACUGUCAGAAAGAACAGAAUUCCUUUAAAAGGUCUUUUAGCCAGGUGGUGGUGGCUUGUACCUUUAAUCCCAGUACUUGGGAAACAGAAGCAGGAGGAUCUCUGUCUUGAAGACCAGCCUGGUCUACAGAGUUCUAGGACUGUCAAGGCUACACAAAGAAACCCUGUCUCUCUCUAAAACAAAACAAACAAAACAAAACAAAAAAAUGAGAGAGAGAGACUCUGCCAAACUAUGAUAUUUUGUUGUGACUAUCUGGGAUUUAGCUUUAAGUUUAUUAAUUUUAGUCUCCAGAAGUAAUUUUGGGGGCCAGCAAGAUAGCUCAGUGGGUAAGGCACUUGCUGCUGCCCCUUGUAACUUCCAACGAGUUGCUUUCUGGCCGCAUGUGCACAAAAUAAAAUUUAAAGUGUAAUCUUUUUUAAAGAAUAAUUUUUGGUAACAAUGUUUAUGAAAAGAGGCUUGGAAAUUAAACAUUUAUCUGGGCCAUUCCAUCCUCAUCAUAUUAGAGGUGUCAUUAAAUUGUAGACUUUCUAGGAUUUUUUAAAAUCAGUAAAAUUAAAGGUUUAUAGAAUCUCAGCAAACCCUUCUGAGGCUUUGGUGCAUGCAUAAAAACUGUUGUGACACUGCAGUUUCACAGUGCCAUCGUUGUUAUGUUAGAGUAUGGUUUAUAGAAAGGAAAGCUAAAAGACAUUCUCCUGGUUCAGAUUUUGGACCAGCCCCUUGAGACUUCAAUUAUAAACAAGAUUAAUACUUCUCUUUUUCUUUAGGUACUAAAUAUGUUGCUCCAGGCAGCUGUCUAGAAAAUUUAGAGUAAGAUAUGAAAGACUUAACACUGGAAAGGUUGGCGAUGGUGGUAGCGUGUGCCUUUGAUCCCAGCAGGGGCAGGAAGAUCUCUGUGAGUUUGAGGCCAGCCUGGUCUACAAAGCAAGUUCCAGGACAGCCUGGGCUGUCACACAGAAACAUUGUCCUGAAAAAUAACAAAGCACUGGAAAGGUUGUCAUUGACCAGGAAGAUGAUGGGUAGAGUUCUUGAUAAGUAACUGUUUUUGAUAUUACAGAGGCCAGGGAUAUAGCUCAGUUGAUAAGUACUUACCUAGUACCAGGCCCUGUUCAGUCCCUAGCACUGUGUAAAACCAAGUUUGGUUGUGCGUGCCCAUGUAUGCUUGGGAGGGAAAUAGAAGCAGGAGAUGUGGGGUAUUUUACCGCAUAUUAAAAAUUGGUAUGAAUUUGUACAUUUGUAAAAUUGGGCUAAUUCUUUGCAUUAGUAACUGGGUCUUAAAUAGAUGGAGAAACCAAAUUUUGGGUUCUAUUUUGGUUGUGUGGGUUAUCAUGCUUUUUAGUCAGUUAUAAAUUAUUUGGUAAGUUUUUAUGUAGAACUAACUUCGGAGACUAGUUUGACAUGAGGGGGAUGUCUAUUUCUCAGCAAGAGUCUACCCUCGUGCCCCUGCAAGGAGUGCAGAUGUGCAUAAAUACAAAAGCGGUGGAAUCAAGGACAGUUGUCAUGAUACACAUUUUUAGUUUAUGGUGUAAGUGGUGUCUCAAAACAGCAUCUAUUUCAGGAAUUUACAAGCCAAAGUGAAGGACUGUUAGAAACUUUGUGCUCUCCCUUUAGUUAUUAUAUGCUUGUCUUUAGAGCACAUUUUUCUGGUUAAUCAGAAUGAGUGGAAAUGGUAGUCAAAAUUGGGAGGUGUCAUUUUACUAAUUUGUUAUGUCUUUGAUCUCCGGCAUGUGUGUCAUGUGAGUUCAGAUGGUGUGUAUGGCCAUUUCAGCCUGGGAUGCUUUGCUUCAGCCAUACCUGAAUUUCCUAAGUGUGGCUUAUUGAAAGUUAAUUCUAAGAUCAGUAAGAGCUCUCAGCCUAUAAAAUAGUGGAAAAUGAAUAUUAGGUGGGGGGAAUUGUAGUAUGUUUGAAUUACAUUUAUAUUAAAAUUAGUCACUAGCAUGGACAUGAAAGGGGAGGAGGGUAAAAGUACGGUUAAAACCUUAGAGGCAUUCAGUAAAUUCUGUUAGACUACACAUUUGCACAUUUUUAAAUACUAUGAAAAUUUGUUUUUUAAAUUUAUUUUUAAAUAAACUAGUUAUUUGCACUUUACCUGCUGGCCUUUCCAUUUGGUAGAUAACAUUCUGAACUCCAGCAGAGUUUUAUAAUCCCCACGUGCUUAAAUAUACUAAAUGUUCUUUUUCCAUUAAGGUUAAUGUUCGUGAAGAAAUUGAAGAGUUUUUUCCAAGAAUGUGGAAGAUAAAUCAAGAUAAAAGAAGGCUAAUGAAAAGUAUUAAAGAUCAGAAAAUUAAAAUUGAAUGGGGGAAAAAAUUGAACAGAAGAUUGGUCAGAUAGAAGCACUUGAAUAUUUUUUAAGGCUAUUUUGAAUUGUUUGAAUUGGGGAAGAAUACACGAAGUAUGAAAAUGAAAAACUCAAUGAAGAAUGAAGAGAAGUAGAAAGCAAGAGUGAAGUAGAAUUAAAAGAAUCUGGAAGAAUGAAUGGGUCCUAGGUUAAGUAAAUGAGUCUCGCUCUCAGUCAAAAUCUCCAACGGGAACUCCUGCUCGAGUAAAAUCAGAGAGCAGGUCAGGAUCUCGUAGUCCAUCAAGGGUUUCCAAACAUUCUGAAUCCCAUUCUCGAUCAAGAUCAAAAUCCAGGUCAAGGUCAAGGAGGCAUUCUCAUAGACGCUACAGUCGGUCCAGGUCCCAUUCUCAUAGGAGACGAUCUCGAAGUAGAUCCUAUACGCCAGAGUAUCGUCGACGAAGAAGUCGGAGUCACUCUCCAAUGUCUAAUCGCAGAAGACAUACAGGCAGCAGGGCAAAUCCAGAUCCCAACACUUGCCUGGGAGUGUUUGGCCUCAGUUUGUACACAACAGAGAGAGAUCUUCGUGAAGUAUUUUCUCGAUAUGGACCGUUGAGUGGUGUGAAUGUGGUUUAUGAUCAGCGAACUGGGAGGUCACGUGGAUUUGCUUUUGUGUAUUUUGAGAGGAUAGAUGACUCUAAGGAGGCUAUGGAAAGGGCAAAUGGAAUGGAGCUGGAUGGUAGAAGAAUUCGUGUGGAUUAUUCUAUCACCAAGAGAGCACACACGCCCACACCAGGCAUUUACAUGGGCAGACCAACUCAUAGUGGCGGAGGAGGAGGUGGAGGAGGCGGUGGUGGAGGCGGCGGUGGCGGUGGUAGACGACGAGAUUCUUACUAUGAUAGAGGAUAUGACCGAGGCUAUGACAGAUACGAAGAUUAUGAUUACCGGUACAGAAGAAGGUCGCCAUCUCCUUAUUACAGCCGCUACAGGUCACGGUCAAGAUCUCGUUCCUACAGCCCAAGACGCUAUUGAUAAUGAAGCAGUUAUGGCCAAGGACUUUCCUUUCCUUUUUUGAGUCUGAUUUAUGAGCUUCCAAUGCUUCCUGGUCCAAAAAACAAAACCCCUUGGUUUAUUUAAUCUAUAGUGUGGCCAGUUGUGUUGCUGUGUUCCACCCUGUGUUAUACUCUUAAAGGUGUAAUUGUCAUUUAAGUUGUUCAACAUCUGAGUAAAAAGGAGCCCAUUGUUACACUUUGUGGUUCUUUGCCUUUACAUGGGAUUAACUCCCUACUAGGAGGAAAAAAAUGAUCUUUGAAAGCUUUUGUGAUGGAUAGUGUAGUAGAUGUCCUGUUAUUAGAAAUCUGCAGUUAUGGCAAACUGCUUUUUAACCUUUGGGGGAAGAUCACUUUAAGUAGAUCAGUCAUGUCAAGUUUGUCUGGAGUGGCAUGGAACAGUCAUAGUUGAGUGUAGAAAGUUUGAAGCUAUAGGAGAAAAUAUGAAGAAUGUAGCUUUGAACCUAAAAAAUUAAGUCACCUUUUAGGAAUUAAAAGCUUGUAGAUUCCUAUAAAACAUGUUAUAUUUGAAGUUACAUGUUAAACCUUAUAAACUUAAAGUGUGAUUUUUGUGUUAAAUUUACAGAAACUUAAGUAUUCCCUUAAUCAGUGAAGGACAACCAUUAUUUAUUGCCUAGAACAAUUGUAUAAUUUGCUGUUAGAAAUUUUGCUAUUGGGUUAUUGGUUUUGUGGGUUAUUGUAUAGUAUAGAAUCCUAAAAUACAUGUGGGGAAGAGUAAUUUCAAAUAAAAGUUCAUUUGAAAAGG